AGACACCGUAGAGGCGACGACAAUGACGGCCGGGCAGCCCCUCCGCGCAGACCCCGAUCCCCAGCCGCGCCGCCACGCGCCGCCGGCGCUCCACCCGGCCAUCGUACCGGCCUACCCGCCCCCAGAAUCAGACAGCGAGGAAUCCUGGGUCUGGUCCCAGAUCAAGGCGGAGGCGCGCCGCGACGCGGACGCGGAGCCGGCGCUGGCGUCCUUCCUCUACGCCACCGUGCUCUCCCACCCUUCCCUCGACCGCUCCCUCGCCUUCCACCUCGCCAACAAGCUCUGCUCCUCCACGCUGCUCUCCACCCUGCUCUACGACCUCUUCCUCGCCUCCCUCGCCGCGCACCCCACCGUCCGCGCCGCCGCCGUCGCCGACCUGCUCGCCGUGCGCUCGCGGGACCCCGCCUGCGCGGGCUUCUCCCACUGCCUCCUCAACUACAAGGGCUUCCUCGCCGUGCAGGCCCACCGCGUCGCGCACGUGCUCUGGGCGCAGUCCCGCCGCGCCCUCGCGCUCGCGCUCCAGUCCCGGGUCGCCGAGGUCUUCGCCGUCGACAUCCACCCCGCCGCCGCCAUCGGCAAGGGCGUCCUCCUCGACCACGCCACCGGCGUCGUCAUCGGCGAGACCGCCGUCGUCGGGGACAACGUCUCCAUCCUCCACCACGUCACCCUCGGCGGGACCGGCAAGGCCGUCGGCGACCGCCACCCCAAGAUCGGGGACGGCGUCUUGAUUGGCGCCGGGGCCACCAUACUGGGCAACGUCCUCAUUGGCGCCGGCGCCAAGAUCGGGGCCGGCUCGGUCGUGCUCAUCGAUGUGCCGCCGAAGAGCACCGCCGUGGGGAACCCCGCCAGACUGAUCGGCGGGAAGAAGGGCGAUGACAUGCCGCCGGGGGAGUCCAUGGACCAUACCUCCUUCAUACAGCAGUGGUCAGACUACACCAUUUGAGGAGCCAUUCAGCCGAGCAAAAGGUGCCACUGCCCUCCUCUGUAAGAUCUGCCUCCGGUGAGGCGAGAAGGUGAACAGUAUUAUCGUACAUCCCCGUGCUCCACUCCGCCCAUAUGUACUCAACUAUAGGUUCACCCUGUACCUGUAAUUUUUGCCAAGAUGCUCUGUAGUGAAAUGUUAUACAGUACCCAUCACAAAAGUUGGCAUCAUCUUUGAUGCUUUCUAUACUCCGGAACAAAAUUGGUGUUGGUACAGUC